UUGCCCGCCUUUUUGGUGGGUCUUUUUGGGCGGGCAAAAAAAGUUCGGAGCUUCAAAAAAAUUUCCCUGGGCGGUUUGUUUGCUGACCGCAUACGAGAGGCCAUUGGCAAUUCUAUCACCACCAAACAAUUCGCACAGCAAGGCAGCAGCAACAACAGCUGCUCUAUCAAGGCUGCGCCAAAUCCGCAUGGCUUGUUGUACCCACUAGUUAUCCUCCCGUAUUCUUAACAGCCACCGAAUCACAUCGUCUACGAUGUCGACCAAAAGAAAAACGCCAGCCAAGCUGGCUCCGCCGGUCCUCAAACAAAGCGCCAAACAAGCUUUCAAGACGAGAAUUGACGAGUCGCGGACGGCCGUUACUGCAGGAAAGGUCGCAGAUGGUCGGGGUAUACUGUCACAGGAGACGGUUGAAAUAUCAAGCGACUCUAGCGACGACGAUGACGACAUGUCGACGGGUGAGGCGGAUCACAACCAGAAGCCCACCGUAAAAGCAUCCCAAAACCAAGAAACGAACACGAAACCCUCCUCGAUAAACACAAAAUCCGCUCGACUACCAAAUGGCAAGGCCGCCACUCCAGAAGAUGCCCCUGGCUCAGACUCGGAGCCUCAAUCCCCCACCCUUGGCGAGCUCGCUCGCAACAGGACAGUCGAUGUUCAGGAAGCACUCCAACAGCAACAGCAGGGCUCCUCAUUAACGACUGCACCCAACCAGGCAGUCGCCCCGCCGUCGCUGCAGUCACUCGGCACGGUUCUCACUCAGGCGCUCCGCUCCGACGACACGGAGCUGCUCGAGUCGUGUCUGCAAACUACCGAUUUGAAUGCCGUGCGCGCCACCAUCCAGCGUCUCGACUCUGGUCUUGCCGCGAGCCUGCUUACUCGCCUCGCAUCGAGGAUGCACCGGCGACCGGGGCGAGCCUCCACUCUGAUCAGCUGGGUGCAGUGGACGCUGAUUGCGCACGGCGGCGCCCUUGCCGCGCAGCCUGACCUGCAGCGCAAGCUGGCCGAGCUGAACCGCGUUCUCGAGGAGCGCUCAAGAGGCCUGAACAGUUUGUUGGUUCUAAAGGGGAAGCUGGACAUGUUGGAGGCGCAAAUGCAAUUGAGGAGGGGAGCAAGCAGGUCCGGUCGCGGCCGCAACACGAUCGCCAGGGAGAGCUCCAGUGAGGAGGAGACCGAGGCCAGGAACGUUGUCUACGUGGAGGGUGAGGAGGACCAGACGAAGGAUGCAAGGGCCGAGGUUGACGACGACCAGUUCGACAUCUCGGCUGUCAACGGAGUCGAUUCGGACUCUGACGAUGAGGACGAGGACGAAGACAUGGAUGAUGCAAACGAGUUGCGACGGGCGGCAGGUGCGGAGGUCCUGGAUGACGAUGAGGUGGACUUUGACGAUGUUGAUGAUGAAUCAGGCGAGGACGAUAGUGACGUCGACGCCGCGGCACCGCCCGCCAAGGUGCAGAAAACCUCUUCUGCUUUUCCCAAGAGGAGAUGAGGGCGAUCAAAAAGCCUUGUAGCAUUAGACGGUGUCAGGCAGCCAUUGCAUUUGAAUUGUUGACGAGGUGUAAUGUGCCUGAGUAUUUUUUUUUCCCCUAGAACUAGUAUAAAGUCUUGCCAUGACAUGUGUGCAG